CGCAUCUCCUUUUGAAAUUCUCAGAGCACGAGAGGCUCCUCCCGGUAAACACAAAUCAAGAUAUGAUAACAUUUAAGAAUAGGACACUGAGAGCUUCAAAACAGAUUUCAGCGGGGAGAGCUCGCGUAAUCAACGAGAUGAACCUAGAUGAGGACAGUGGCAUGUCAGUCAGCUGUGGCAACGGCAAACUGAGGCAAUGGCUGAUUGAUCAGAUUGACAGCAGGGUAUAUCCUGGCCUGAUUUGGGAAAAUGAUGAAAAAAGCAUCUUUAGGAUUCCAUGGAAACAUGCAGGAAAACAAGACUAUAACAGAGACGAGGAUGCUGCGCUCUUCAAGGCAUGGGCAUUAUUUAAGGGAAAAUAUAAGGAAGGAGUCGACAAGCCAGAUCCCCCCACAUGGAAAACAAGACUACGCUGUGCUCUUAAUAAAAGCAAUGACUUUGAUGAGUUAGUGGAGAGAAGCCAGCUAGACAUCUCAGACCCCUAUAAAGUCUACAGAAUCAUUCCAGAAGCAGCCAAAAGAGGAAUGAAAAUGAGUGUAGAGGAGACACCAUCACCUGUAAACGCCAUUGGCUAUAUUCCUCCAUAUACGUCUAUGCACAACCAGGUAUCCGGCUAUAUGGUUUCUCAGGAGAGAAGGGACUGGAGGGAUUACUCACCCCCAGAACAACAACCUCUUCCUCCUCCACAUCACCAUGGGCCACAUGCAGAGCUGCAGUAUGGUCAGUGCCACUACCCGUCCCCUUUCAGUCGUACUUGGCCGGGGUCACACACAGAAAAUGGUUUUCAGCUCUCCUUCCACACCUACUUUUCAGAGUCCCAACCGUCCAUGUAUUCAAUUGACCAAAACAAUGCCAUAACAGAUUUCAGCCUGCAUGUGUCCCUAUACUACAGAGAGUCUUUGGUGAAGGAGGUUACCACCACCAGCCCAGAAGGUUGUCGGAUCACCUCUCCUUCCUCAUCCUCUCCAUCCUCUUCCUCCUCUUCUUCCCCAUGCCCAGAGGACAAGCUUCACAGCGGGGCAGAAAUGAUUCUUUUUCCAUUCCCGUACCCUGAGUCUCAGAGGCAGGGUGCUGAGAUGCUUCCUAAUGUACUGGAGAAGGGGGUGCUUCUGUGGAUGGCACCUGAUGGGUUAUACGCUAAGCGCCUCUGCCAGGGACGAGUGUACUGGGAAGGACCUCUGGCUCCAUAUAUGGAUAAACCCAACAAGCUGGAGAAGGAGCAGCCAUGCAAACUGUUUGACACCCAGCAAUUCCUUAUUGAGCUUCAAGAUUUUGCCCAUAAUGGCCGACAUUUACCGAGACACCAGGUGGUGCUAUGUUUUGGAGACGAGUACCCCGACCCCCAGCGCCCGAGGAAGAUGAUCACAGCACAGGUGGAGCCAGUGUUUGCCAGAAAACUGGUGUACUAUUACCAGCAGAACAAUGGCCACUACAUGCGGGCCUUUGAUCACAUCCAGGAACAGAACACAUCUCCAACAAACGACUAUCCUUCCCAGAGAUCUCUACAGCAUAUUCAGGAGUGACACACACACACACACACACAUACACACGCACACACACACACACACACAUGCAAGAGGGCAUGAAUGUGAAAGUAAACCGCUGACCGUUUCUCACCCCUUUCGACUGCAUUGCUGUGUACUGUAAAUGAUAGAAGCUAUCAUGAUACUGAGGGGUAGAUAUGGGGAAGACCCUGUUGUUUUCACUUGCACACCUAUGCGUUGUAGUCUUUCUGUCUGUGACUGUAGAGUAAUGUAUUUUUUUCUCUCAAGUAUUAUUGUGACAGUGUGAAGGAUGCGGUUUGAGGGUGGGGGGGAUGAGGAGAGCGGAGGGCGACUGAGACAGGAAGUACUAGCACAGGUGCACAGGAAGAAUGGCCCCUAAGACAAACACUGAUAUGUCAAAGGGACAAAACAGAGUAUGAAUGAAUAUUUAUUGCAUUUUCACAGGUAACAGUUGACGCUCACACACUGAAGUGGCACAUUCACAAACUCUGCCUUUUAAACUCAGUUGACACAACUUCUUUUGUGAUUCAAAACUUUUAUUACAUACAGGACUUUAUUAAUGUACACAAUAAUAAAAUGUGCUUUGGUGAGCAAGUGAACAGUCAACAAUAUCAAUGCUUGGUCCAUUGUAGACCUCAAUUCUGUUUUUUAUCGCAAAAAAAGAGCAAGCUACAACUGAAGUUUGAGAGAAAUCGAUGUUAUCACUGGUCUGGUGUAGUAGAGGAAGCCGUUAUCACACAAUUCUUAUCUCUUGGCUGCUACAUACAGUAUGUUGCAGGACGCACUUACAGAAAUCUAUUUCUACUGAAUCUGGCCAGCUUUUAAAAAUAUCAUAUUCAUUUAAAUUACAUCAAACUGAACAAACACCUAAAAGGGAUCAUAAGAUAAUCUAAGAUGUCCCCAGAUGAUUACAGAGAUAGUAAAAAACAUUUUUUAUUUGCUGCAUAAUAUCAUGUCUAUUCUAUUUUUCUUGUAAAAUAGUGUAUAGUUUUACUUUUUCAGGUCUCUGAAACAAUCAGAUUUAAAAACUCAAUUUUCGAUUGAACGGGUAACAACUUAUCGACAUGAAAUUUGUGACAAGUGUUUGCAAGUAGACAUGGCUUUGUAUUAAAUUCUCACAAGCGAAAAAAGGUGGGGGACCACUAGCUUACAACACAUUAUCAGAGAGCAGAUUGGGCAUCAGGUUCUGUGGAAAGAGUGGGUGACCUUGACCUUUUGGACUGUUGACUGGAAAAAUCACACUCAUCCUGUAACUUGCAAGGACACCGGACCAUUUCCUCUUCACCUGAAACUUUAGGCCUCACAAAUGGGAAGAAAAACUACCUUUGUGGUCUGCGUGCAAGUUUAGCCAGGGAGGAGCUCUCUGGUUCCCAUGCCAGAGAUACCCUGAGUUCCCUGAGAUACUGUUGAGGUUCACUCACUGGAAGUAACGUCCACACAAAAGCUAUCAUAAGAUCCUAACAACCUAGUUAAGAAUGUAUCAUACUUAUCAUCAUACUUAUCCAAUAGUGAAAAUAAUGCAAUUCCUCAUGCUGUCGAAGUCCUAAAGGCUCAUGCAUCAAGUGAUAAAGGUUUUAUUAUGUUUUUCUUCUGUGGUCCAGAGUUUCGAUCUCUGCAUUUACUUCCUUCACACUUCAACCACAUCACUUUCACAAUGGCUUCAAAAGUCUGACCAAAAUCACAGGCGGGAAUGUUAUUUUUUUUUUUGGUGCGUGUCUGAACCAUAAAUCAUUGUUACUCUCAAACAUAUCAGCCAGUCUGAUUCUGUGCUGUUGAACAUUUUGAAAUUUUGUUUUACAUUACUUCACAGUCAGACAUUUAACUCAUCCAAAUCAAAUCUUAAUAGUGAAAACAUUACCAGCUCCAUGUACAGUGUUCUGUUGUGGUAAACACUGUGUGUGUGUGUGUGUGUGUGUGUGUGUGUGUGUGUGUGUGUGUGUGUGUGUGUGUGUGUGUGUGUGUGUGUGUGUGUGUGUGUGUGUGUGUGUGGUAAAGGGCCAUGUGUGUGCAUAUGUGUAGGUGGGUACGCAUGUGUCACACAGUUGCACUAUUACUGUUAUCAGGAAUUGACAUUUAUGGACUCAUGAUAAAACACCUACGUCAGUGACUCAAACACAGACACGCACACCCAUUUCACAUCACACUAUACAGUUACAGUAAAACAUUCAGGAAAUCACAAAUUAAGUGCAUACUAAAGAAAAUAGUUCCAGCAUUUUGUACAAAAUAUCAGAAUAAUGACAAGGAAUAGAGAUUAUAAGGAGAUUGAUUAAUAUAAAAUUGCCACAUGAUUUAUUUUUUAAAUAAACGUAUCAAUCUUUUACUACUCACGUCUGCUGUGCUGUUUUAUCUUUGAGCUCUUUUUGAUUUGCAAACAAAGGGAGGAAGAAUGAGAGAGUCAUAAUUGGUAAGAAAAUGAAGAAGAAAAAAAAAGACUAAAGAAAAGCAAAUUCACACAUUUCACAUGGUGUUUCCCCCCUCUGCAGGAAGCCACAUCAUUUGUAGUCAGGCUUCAGUUUUUCCGCCCUGUAUGAGCCGUUACUCCAAUUGACAUGGCCCUGGCCCUUCAGUCGAAGCUUUGGAGCAAACAGUUUAGUCAAUAACCCAAACAGGUUUUUACAGAGAAAUGAAACUACCAUAAGCAUACCACAUGCAACACUUUCUCCAACAGAAAGUUCCAUUUUGACUCAGUGACUAUGAUUAAUCUGUCUGGGCAGAUAGUGACACAUUAUACAAUAAUAUGCUGCGUUAAUCUUUAUGCGUAAUGUUUCCACCUCAAAAAAGAAGCGACAAAAUGUGUUACAAAAAUCACUGUAACAUUGUAGGCCUAUGUGUUGUGUAAAUAUCUCUCAUCUCAUUAUGUUAUUACUUUUACUACCCUUCACACGUGAAUCAUAUUAUCUGUUGGGGGUUUCACUGCAAUUACAGUGGCAUUGAUCACACUCACUGUAAAAGUUUAUACUUUUGCACUGAGAUUCUCUGAUGUUAUUUUUUAUAGUGUUUCUGUUAUUCCAAUUUUGAGCUACAUAUUUAGAAAGCAUUGCUGACUUGUUUAUCUAUUUUUGUACAGUAUGUUUCAUACUACAUCAAGGCUCUGACACAAGAAAGAAACGAGGGUAUACCACAAUAAAACCAUAGUAAUGUUUUGCUGACAUCUGCUGGUUAGUUUAGCUGCAGCUAAACAAAAAGCUGUGAAUUUGAGGGUCGGCAAGACGAUUAACAAGACGAAUAAUGUUUAUUUCUAAAUACAUGUAUCUAUGAUUUCUUCUCAUUAAAUGUUCUUAUUAUAGUUUUUCUCAAAAAAAUGAUUGAAUCUUUGAUGAGGAGUUGUGAUAUGACUAUGUAUUGCUUUAAAGGACCGCAAGCCAAAACAAUUGGGAACCACUGAGAUAGAGUCCAGGGGGCCCUGCUAACUCCUCUCCACAGUUACUGUUUAAGUCAGACUUAAGGUAUAUGCCAGUACUCUACUUUCAAGCUCCAGGUAAAAUACAGCUGAAUGUUGGUGGUCAUUGUAUAAAAUAAUUCAAUUAAACUUUAUUAAUCCGACUAGCAGCUACAAACAACACACACAUACACAGCACACAAGCCUACAUAUAGGCCUACACCCUAGAGAGUAGUUAUCCAAUUUGAGAAAUUGGGGGCAUGAGGAUACUUUAUACCCAUCUGUAGCUGUCAUAUGGUGUCUGGCAUAAAAGGGAGUCCAGGGGUGUACAGAAAAUAUCUUCUCCCCCUGCUGGUAAGAUUCCCUUACAUUUUAAAACCCUAUCCCUGAGAACAUACCUUUGGUAAUUCUACACUAAACUCAGAGUCCAUGACCCCAGUUUGUUUAGUGUCAGACCUCUGCCCUGGAUUUGAUGACAGUCCUGUUUAACCCUAGUAAACUCUGGCUAAUCCUGCUUGUUGACCCCUGUGGUUAGAAAGGUGUUGACCUCAUUCUCCUUUUUUUCACUAAUGUUGACCUCUGAAUAUGACACAGCAAAUCAUCACUUACAGGCCAGGCCCACUGCUAAUGCUGUGUUUUAGGAAGAAGUAGCUGAUGGGAACCAAUACUGAGAUACAUUGUUGGCAGAUGAACAGAGGACAAUAAAACUGAACUGUUUAGGUGUGACUGAGUACACACACACACACACACACACACACACACACACACACACACACACACACACACACACACACACACACACACACACACACACACACACACACAAUUACUCUAUUAUACUCUUAAUGUAAGUCAUUAUCAUUUUAUUAUUAUUAUUAUUAUUAUUAUUAUUAUUAUUAUUAUUAAUGAUAAUAAUACAACCUAUAUUAUGAAUUAUCUGCAUAUGACCUACACAAGACAUGAGAAUGUCUCCACCAUCACCAGUAAAUAAAAUCUUUAUCACCACAAUUAAUCAGAUUGAAUUGUUUUCAGAUGUCUGUUUAUCUGAGGCUCUUCAGAUAACAAUGUACUUGACCCAAUACUUUAUGAUGGCAGGAAAGCAUUUGUUGGAUAAGGAGCAGCAAAGUAAUGGAAAACAAUCAGAUGACUCGGGACACGAGUGUAAACAGAUUAGGGUUGAUAAGCAGAACAAUAUGGUGGUCUACCUGGCACUCAUGCAAGGGGAUGGGCUGCUUGUUUAGUUUGGCUGGCAACUCGCAGAGAUUUUGGAUUUUAAGGAUGUUACAUUUAUACGUCUUUAGACAAAGUAGGAAAUGCUGGAUUUUUCACCAUAAUCUAGAUUUCCUCAUGAGACACAUAACAGAGAUACAAAGUAAAUAGUUACCAGCCAACUAAGAAAAAGGGACUGUCCAUGUAUAUCCGUGCAGUAAAAUAAAUCACCAGCAGGGAGUGAUGUAUCAUUAGUUGGUUGCUGCACUCUACAUGCAAAAAAACAACAACUGAAAAAUACAAAAACUGAAGAAAAAAAAAAC